AUGCUCGAAGGCCGUCAGUUUAUCAUAUUCACAGAUCACAAGCCUUUAACUUUUGCCUUUAGGCAAAAUCCAGAAAAGGCUUCACCUCGCCAAUUUCGUCAACUUGAUUUUAUAUCACAGUUUUCAACUGGCAUACGCCAUAUCAGCGGGCAUGCAAACACAAUUGCAGAUAUACUUUCUCGUAUAGCUACGAUUGAUGUUCCUGCAUCUAUAGAUAUCGAAGAAUUAAGCAAAUCUCAAAAAGAUGAUGCAGAACUAAGUCGCCAGUUAUUUGUGAUAUCUCAACAAAUAAAGCAAGACCCUUUGUGCCGUCAAAAUUAUUUGGAUGAUCCAUUGCCGCCUACCAAUGGUUAUAAGUACCGGUUAACCUGCAUCGACAGAUUUAGUCGAUGGCCUGAGGCCAUUCCGUUAGAGGAUAUGACAGCACGAAAAGUUGCCGAAGCAUUAUACAAUGGUUGGAUAUCACGCUUUGGUGUCCCAUCAUUUAUAACUACCAAUCAAGGUCGUCAUUUCGAGUCCAGUCUUUUUAAGGAACUUGCACUUGUUCUUGGUUGCAAAAGAAUAAGAAGAACAGCUUAUCAUCCAUCAUCAAAUGGAAUAAAUGAACGACGGCACCGUUCCCUAAAAGCUUCUCUGAUGUGCCAUAAUAACAAAAACUGGUUAGAAGUACUUCCAACUGUACUUAUUGGUCUUCGUUUAAGUAUCAGAGAAAUGCAACUCCUGCAAAAAUAG